UUUCCCUUUCAAUAUUUUCACGGUCAGAAUAUAUGUACCUAUAAAAUUGUAACAUCCUCGGUCUAACAUUUCAGCGAUGAUCAUAAUCCACUUCGAAGUAAAAUUUUAUUGUUUCAUUUUAUUAUUGCAACAUUUACGGGACGUUAUCAGUGCAUUCUACUGAAAAAUAGUCCUUUUUUUUCCACAAAUACUCGAGUUACAGUGACUAUUGCUUGACGAUUGCUUUUCUUUAGCCCAAAAAAUGUCGACUUUCCCGGAAUUAUGGAUAAUAUUCGCAGUCUUAGCUGUAGCUUUGCCAUUGCCUGGGGAAUCUGAGCUCAUGAAACCACAUGUCUGUCUCACAGAGGAAUGUCAAGAGAUAGCGCAGAUGUAUGCCGAAACAAUGAAUGAAACCGUCGACCCAUGUGAAAACUUCUACAAGUACAGUUGUGGUGGUUGGGCCAGCAAAAACACAAUUCCAGGCUAUGUAAAUAUCUGGAAUCGUCUCGAAUCCACACAUCUCGCGCUCCAGAAACGUCUGAAAAGUAUGCUGGAGAGAGCGCCGGAAGUCACCGAUAUUCUUCCGAUUCAGCAAGCGAAGAAGUUCUAUCAGUCAUGUAUGGACAUCGCUGCUCUUAAUGCAAGUAUAGUCAAUACAAUCGCAUCAUUUCUUGAGAGCAAUGGAGGCUGGCCAAUGGCCAUGAAUUUUGAUGACUGGAAGGAAGAUGACCGUUCAUGGCAAGAAGUCGAUGCCAAUUUCGCAAAUUUGACAACUUAUUACGCAUUCUACACUAUUACCGCCAACACGCACGAAUCUGGAGAGCCCGAAAAUGAAGGAAUUUCGGCGAGAGGAUAAGGAGAAAUCGAAGGAAGGAGCUUGGAAGCAGGAGGGGAAAGUGAUUUUAAAAUCCAAAAACUAAUCAAAUGUGAUACAAGAGACUUAUGUGAUAUUAAACUAAUAAACAAUGAAUAAAUAUAUGAAGUAGACUAUAAGUGAGUAUGUAAACAAGGAAAUAACACGAGAUUAGAGAUGAAAAUAAAGAGUAUGGGAGGCUUGUGUGGAUGUGAAACAAAGAAAACUUUUGUAACAUCAAGGAAAUAAAUUGAACUGAAUA